AUGACGAUGGAGGCGGGCCGCGACGGGGAGCAGCCUCGGCAGCCAGCAGGGUUGCGGUGCGGGGCGCGCGGGGACCCCGGCGGCGGCGGCCCCCAGGAACCGGGCAAACAGUGGAAGAAAUUUUUGUACUGUGAACCACAUAAGAGAAUUAAGGAAGUACUAGAAGAAGAACUUUAUAUUAAGAGAGAUGAAUGCCACAUUAAAAAGAUACCUGCAGUGGCCCUGGAAGGGAUUUGGAGCAUUAAAAGGAAUCUCCCUGUGAGAGGCUUGAAGCCCGGACUGCCAAGCAGAAACAGUUUCCUGCCAGAAGCCCAGUACUAUUCCAGGCAUGGAGGGCUGAGAAGAUGAGACAAAUACAAUUUUCCAUUGAGAAGGAACCUCUUUCUCCUGAUGUCUGAAGAACGGAGAAGAAACCCAAGAUCGUGUCACAAUUUAAGAUGUGUACAAAAAAAAAUGUGUAUUAGUCUGUAACUUCUAUUAUUGGUAUUAAUGCUAUCUAUAAAUUAAUCCAAAGUAAUGAAAGAUUAUUGGUAAAGUUUGCCAAGCACCUAAAGACAAAGAAGGAAAAUAUUAUACCUAUUUUUAGUUGUCACAGUUGGAAUAUAUUUGGCUUCUAAUUCAGCGUAUUCUAUUAAAUAUGUGAAAUA